AUGUCUUGGCUCGCGCGGCAGGAGACGCACGACUACGAGGAGAAUGAUAACCUCGGCGUGGACUGGGUGCUGCAGUAUGAGUUUGGCGAUCUAGAUCAGGCAACGGCCAUCUCUGAGUUUCGCGCGCUCAUCCACGACCUGACCGAAGCUGGUCUUCGCGUGCAGGUGCGCCCUGGGCAUGGCUCGGCGCUACUCGUGUGCAUCCGAGUCCCCAGAGAUCAUCUGGGGAAGAUGGUGCACCAAUCCAGGAUAAAAGAUUGGCUCUUCGGCAUAACGAAUACCCUGCCCGCCGGGGACGAAAAAACCACUGCCACCGCGGCAACACCCUCGGAGGAGAUCCGCUCGGUCUACCAUGCCGUCACCUGGCAGAAGGAGCUCGGUGGUGCUGGCAUCACGCGGAAGUUUGGGAACUGGAAGAAUAUCACCGCUUCGUUCCCGUUGCAUGACCGGGAUGCGUGCUCGGAGUUGCUAAGCAAGUGGAAUCGGAAGACGAACUUGACGGUCCAGGACUUGGAUACCAUUCGCGCGUUGUUUGGUGAGAAGGUCGCUUUUUACUUCGCUUUUAUUCAUUGCUAUUCGCUGUUUCUGGUGGUCCCCGCUGCGCUCGGCAUCCUGGCAUGGUGGUUUCUCGGUCCGUACUCGAUCAUCUACGGCAGCGCGCUGUGUGUCUGGUGCGUGGUGUUUGUGGAGUUCUGGAAGGUCCGCGAGUCCGAUCUGAGCCUGCGGUGGAAUGUGAAGGGGGUGGGGCGGUUGAAGCUCAAUCGCACGCAGUACGUGUGGGAGAAGGAAGUCAAGGACCCCAUCUCUGGCCAGGUGACGCGCACGUUCCCCGCGUGGAAGCAGUUUCUGCGACAGAUGCUGUUGAUCCCGUUCGCGUCGAUUGCGAGUGUGGCGCUGGGUGGUUUGAUUGUGUUUACAUUUGCGAGCGAGGUGUUCAUUUCGGAGGUGUAUAAUGGCCCGCUGAAGGAGUAUCUGGAGUUCGUGCCGACGAUUCUGUUCUCGCUCUCGCUACCGGCGAUUACUUCCUUCUUGACUGGCAUUGCGACGCAUCUCACCGACUAUGAGAACCAUCGUACGCAGGAUCUAUACGAUCUCGCUCAGACGCAGAAGACUUUCGUGAUGAAUUUUAUCACCGCCUUCCUGCCGACUCUCCUGACCGCGUAUGUCUACGUACCGUUCGGCGCGUCGAUUGUUCCGCGCUUGGAUAUUCUGCGCCGGACAGGCCUGGACGUCAACAUGGCCAACCACAAGGAAUUCCAAGUGGACACCUCGCGCUUCCAGGCCGAAGUUAUCUACCUCUCCAUGACAGCGCAGGUCUUCAGCUUCACUGAAGAGGUCGUCCUACCUUACGUCAAGCACGUGCUGUGGCAGAAAUGGCGCAACUACCGCGACCACAAAGCUGGCCUGGCCCGCCAACGCAGUUUCUCCAAAUCUACCGAUCUCCUGCUGAUCGACCCGCCCGGCGAAGCAGCGUUCCUGCGCCGCGUGCGCGGCGAGGCCGACGCAGAUGAGUACAAGGUCGAGGAGGACAUCCUCGAGAUGUGCGUGCAGUUCGGCUACCUCGCGGUGUUCGGAGUAGCCUGGCCGCUCGUCCCGCUGGGCUUCUUGUUGAACAACUGGCUGGAGGUGCGCGGCGACUUCUUCAAGCUAACGCUAGAAUGCCAGCGGCCACCGCCCAUCCGCGCCGACUCGAUCGGGCCCUGCGUACUAGGACUGGACUUCCUAGCGUGGAUGGGCACGCUCUCGACCGCGGCAAUCGUGCACCUGUACCGCGGGCCAAUGGCCGAAGUCCGGCUCUCAUCACUUCUGCUCACCAUCUUCAUCGCGGAGCAGGUCUACCUCGGCAUCCGGUUCACAGCCUCCACGGCCUUGCAAAAAGUCUUCUCGGACACGUUACGCCGCGAAGAAGCAGGCCGGUACGCCGUACGAAAGGCUUUCCUCGAAAGUAGCCAGUCCCAGCACGGCUCACCGGGGUCAUCGUCACGCGUACGCCAGCGCGUGCGCUUCCACGAGCGCGUGAAUGUGUAUAGUAGUGACUCGGCGCCGUCCCCGGAUGGCUCCCCCUCGCCGACGGGCGAACAGCCGCAGCACGAUGUGCUGCGCGGGUCAGACCGCGAAUCUGAGUUCUGGACGGGACGGGAGGGCGAUCCAGCCGACGCCGGCGUCAAGCUGAUCCGCGCUUUGCACGCGGGGCAGCCUAGGGAUGAUCCUAAGAUGACAAAACUCGCGUAG